UAGUAGAGGGGUGGAAUGUGCCACAGUGAGGCCGCACGGGGGGGGGCGCCUUGCGCAUGCGCCGUGGCCGCCAUCGCUGGCAGGGCGGCCCCGCGGAGGCCGCGGCGGCGCCGGGCGCUCGCGUCCAUGUGCAGCCCCGAGCGGGUGCCGCCCCCGGCGGGGGACCUGCCGCCCGAGUGGGAGACGGACGACGAGCGCAUGGCUUUCCUCUUCUCGGCCUUCAAGCAGAGCCGCGAGGUGAACAGCACCGAGUGGGACAGCAAAAUGGCCUUCUGGGCAGGGCUGGUGCUCGCCCGGGGGCGCCGCGUGGGGCUCGUCCGAACCUGCCUGAGGGAUUUGCAGCACGGCUUCGAGAGGAGGGGCAGCCUCCCCCUGGGGCUCGGCACCGUUCUCAGGGAGCUGCUCAGACGUGGCAAGCUGCAGAGGGAGUCGGACUUCAUGGCCAGUGUAGACAGCAGCUGGAUCUCCUGGGGUGUGGGGGUGUUCAUUCUGAAGCCCUUGAAGUGGACUCUCUCCAGUGUGCUGGGCGACAGCAAAAUACCCGAGGAAGAGGAAGUUCUGAUCUACGUGGAACUGCUUCAGGAGAAGGCAGAGGAAGUUUAUCGCCUGUAUCAGAACUCUGUGCUUUCAUCUCACCCUGUUGUCGCCCUCUCGGAGCUGCGUUCCCUCUGUGCCAGUGUUUGUCCAGAUGAAAGGACGUUCUACUUGUUGCUGCUCCAGCUGCAAAAGGAAAAGAGGGUCACGAUCCUGGAACAGAACGGAGAGAAGAUAGUGAAGUUUGCCCGGGGCCUCCAUGCCAAAGUCUCUCCAGUGAACGAUGUGGACAUCGGAGUGUACCAGUUGAUGCAAAGCGAACAGCUCCUGUCACAGAAGGUGGAGUCCCUUUCCCAGGAAGCAGAGAAGUGCAAAGAGGACGCCCGGAGUGCUUGUAGAGCUGGGAAAAAGCAAUUGGCACUGAGAUGUUUGAAAUCCAAACGAAGGACAGAAAGGCGCAUUGAAGAGCUUCAUUCCAAGCUGGAUGCAGUGCAGGGGAUCUUGGAUCGUAUCUACGCCUCCCAGACUGACCAGAUGGUAUUUAAUGCCUAUCAGGCUGGCGUGGGAGCUCUGAAACUCUCUAUGAAGGAUGUUACUGUGGAGAAGGCAGAGAACUUGGUGGAUCAGAUACAAGAGCUUUGUGAUACUCAAGACGAAGUAGCCCAGACUCUGGCUGGAGUGGGGGUCAACGGCCUAGAGAUGGACACUGAGGAACUUGAGAAGGAGCUGGACAGCCUCCUCCAGGACUCAACUAAGGAUCCUCUAGAUCUGCCUCCUGUUCCCCAGAACGUGCUGAAUCCACCCAUUUCUGAUGCCGAGCUUGAAGCUGAGUUGGAAAAGCUCUCUGUUUCUGAUGGAGAUUUGGCACAAAAGACUCCCUCUGCUUCCUCUGAACCCAAAACAGCUCUGGGACUGAAUCUCUAAAGAGACCCAUCAGGAUCCUGUUGCUGCAGUUUGAGAAGUUGUCUUAAGGUUCCUUAACUAAUGACUAGAACUUCUGGGGAGAGGGAUAACGCUCCCUUGUUCUUCACAGAUAUCGCUUUGCUCAGCAACAGGAUCUUCUGGCGUGACAAUCCACUCUGGAACUGGUGUUUGUCAUCUCUGUGCCAACAUCUACACUUGUGAUCCCAAGUCACUCUGCGACAUCCAGUCUUCCCUUCUGGGAACACAAUUCACUAUUCUGCCCAGUGAAGAUAAAACUCUUCUAUGUCCAUAAAAGUGCUCGUUUUUUUUUUUUUUGCUGUGGCUGAUGUUGAGAAUCUGAGUCGCAGCCGUAUUGCAGUUGCUCAACAUUUGGCUGUUUGUGUGGUUGUUUAAAACACUUGGCACUUAACUUACUUCAAGGACUGCAACAAGCUUAAACACCUCUUGAUAGUUUAUCCCUCCCCGUCUGUAUUUUGCACGGUUGUGGACAACUAGACACUAUUAACUGUUAAAUUGUAGGAGGUUUUGGUGCUGCUCCUAGAGGGCAGCAAGUGCAAGCACAAGACAAAACGAAUUCCUCUUUCCCUAAUGACACUAAGGCCUUAAAAGGGAGACCUGCAAAAGAGUUGAAAUGAAGGAGUUUCUGACGCUGCCUGUUGUGAUGAAGGCUUGCAGUCACUGGAACACAAUUUUCUGCUUGCUCUGACUUGAAAUGUGAGCUGUCUGCUAUUUUUCUAUGUUCCCUGUUUGCAAAACUCCUUGGGAGUUGCAGGGUGGUCUGCUUUGAGCGGCUCCGGGGUGAGAGGAAAAGGAAUGGAUGAUGAUGUUCCCAUGUGAGCCUGGUUUCGUGUAACAGCCUUGACUUUCCCUUCAGUCUUCCUGUUGCAAAUCCCAACAAUGAUGGGUUACUAGAAAACCCCAAACCAAACCGCUGCGUUUUGAAUGCAGGAAGACCCAAGCACAGUGACUGAAGGUGGUUUUUAGCAGCUGUCUUUCCCCAUCAGAAGUAGAAUCAUCAUCUUUUGCAGGUCACUUUUUUAUUAUGCACAUGCAAGAGCAGAAAGCCAGAUACCCAGCUUGAAUAAAUUAAUCCUUUCUGGAGAGGAAUGUGCUAUAACUGGGCUUUCUGUGUGCAGAGCCUGUGCGUGGCAGGGGAGCCACGAGGUACGUGUUAAUGUAUAACCUGACUCGGAAUGUAUUCUCAUCACCGUUUCUACGCUGCCUCCUCGACCGAGCGCCGUCGCUCGAGCCAUGUGGCUGGAGUUCCCAUGUCCUGUUAAUUUAUAACGACCCACCUUUAGCCCCAGAGGAUCGGAGUAGACGUUAUUGGUGUCACGAGGCUUUGCUGCAUUGGCUCUGGCUUCCUUGUGGCGUUGUUGAGCACAGACUCCUGCCCGAGGAGGUGUGCUGGAGCCAGCCAGCAGCUUCCCCAGCCCGCACCUGGAAUUGUGUAAAAUGACUUGAAGCUCUGUAUUCCUUUCCUUUGUAAGUAAAUAGGAGAAAAACCACUGUUUUCUGCCUACGUGUAAUAAAGGGAAGGGGAGGAACCAGAGU